AUGGGUUCUAUGGUCCUGCCGCAUCUGCAGAAUGCAUGGCAAGUCGAUCAAGCCAUCCUGUCAGAAGAUGAGCGCCUGGUCGUAGUCAGAUUUGGCAAAGACUCCCAUCCUGACUGUCUACGACAAGACGAUGUUCUAUCCAAGAUUGCAGACAGAGUCAAAAACUUUGCUGUCUUGUACCUGUGUGAUAUCGAGCAGACCCCGGAUUUUAAUGCCAUGUACGAGUUGUAUGAUCCUAUGACAAUUAUGUUUUUCUUCCGCAAUAAACAUAUGAUGUGUGAUUUUGGAACUGGUAACAACAACAAACUGAACUGGGUGCUUGAGGACAAGCAAGAAUUGAUCGACAUUAUCGAGACCAUCUAUCGUGGCGCUAAGAAAGGUCGAGGUCUCGUCGUCAGUCCCAAGGACUACUCGACUCGCUACAGAUAUUAG